ACUCGUUCGGAGUAUACACCCAAAAAAAUGUCACCUACUCCUAGAUAUAAAACAGUGUGCACAUAGACAAAAUUAACUUGAUCUGCUCAACACUGAACUUAUAAUGGCCAACAACAAUGUUUAUCAUCACAAUGCUAAUUUUUCUUUGACUGAUCCUGACCCUGAACCUGAUGAUAUUUCUGUGUUUCUUCGUCAUAUUCUACUUCCUUCUUCGUCUUCGUCUUCAUCUAAUUUUAUGGCCCUGAAGGGUAAUGAAAUGCAAUAUUCCUCAUCAUUACCUCAUCUUAUGCCUAAUAAUAAUCAACAAGGCAAUUUGUCAUCCAUGAUGAAUUCAUCAGCUUGCGGCAUUUUCUCGUCAUCCUCAUCUGUUGGGACCAUGGAUUACGAUCCGGAUGAGUAUGAAUGUGAAAGUGAGGAUGGGACAGAGGAUUUGGGGGCGGAAGCUUCAGUUCAACCGCCAUCUCGUAACACUUCCAAGAGAAGCAGAGCAGCUGAAGUGCACAAUUUGUCUGAAAAGAGGAGAAGAAGCAGGAUUAAUGAGAAGAUGAAAGCAUUGCAAAAACUUAUUCCAAAUUCAAAUAAGACUGACAAGGCUUCAAUGCUUGAUGAAGCCAUUGAGUAUCUUAAGCAGCUUCAGCUCCAAGUACAGAUGUUGACAAUGAGAAACGGGUUAAACAUGUAUCCUCUUGGCCUGCCACGAAUGCUACAACAGAAUCAACUCCCCCAGCAAAAAAUAGGUUUGUGCGAGGGGAAUGCAUUCACAAAUGCCAAAGUGGCUGGGAAUCUACAAGUUAACCAAGACGCCUCGUUAAAUGCCAUUUUCAACCCAACUGAAAAUUGUACAGAAACUAAGGUAACACUACCGAUAACUAUGUCAAAUGUAAACCGGUCAGACAGCGCGUUUGAGCUUGAGUCAUCGAUGAAUAUUCACCUUGAUCCCUUUCAGCUCUCAAGAUCUACCAGUAAGGAAAUUUGGAGGGAGGAUGGCUUACCUUUAUAUGGAAUGAAUGAGCUAAUGACCAAAACUGCAUCAACUGGAUCAAAUGUGGUAUUCUCAGUUCCCUUAGAUACCGAUGCAUCUAGUAUGAAGAGAAACACUCGGGAGGCCUGCUUGCUUCGAUAUCAGUUUGGUGCUGUGAAUGAAACCAAUCUGGAUUGUGACCAACUUCUUUCCCCACAACUGUAUAGGUGAAUGCAGCAACUUCUGAAUUUUGGCCUGCAUCGCCUUGCUGGAUUUUGUCGAAGUAAUGAGACAUGCAUUUUGCUGCUUAGGACGUUUAAUGUUGUUAACUUUUGGGCUCAAUAGCCACUGUAUUGAAUGAAUGGAAUAUAAAUGUAAAGAUUGGACUAGUUUCUAUCUUGUUAUGAAAUACGAAAAUUACUACUACGCAUAGGAUAUGUUUCGUGAUUA